UUUUCCUUUGUUUUUCUUCUUUCUAUAAAGACUGUAUCCACUCUCUUUCUAGGGCAUGGAAACAACAAAAUCUGGAAGGGUAGUCAGAAGCAUGAACGAUAAGUUGAAAAAUGAGAUGAUGGAAGAUGGGGAAGAAGAUGAUGAUGAAAACUUUGGUGAGGGUAGUAGGAAGAAGAAGGUACUGGGAAAGAGGGGUUCUGGUAGUGGAGGGUCCAUACAACCUUGUUGUCAGGUGGAAGGUUGCACUACUGAUAUGACUAAUUGCAAGACAUACCAUCGGCGGCAUAAGGUCUGUGAAGUUCAUGCUAAGGCUUCAAUUGUUAUCACUGGUGGAUGUCAGCAGCGUUUCUGUCAGCAAUGCAGCAGGUUCCAUGACCUAACAGAAUUUGAUGAUGCCAAAAGGAGUUGUCGUAGGCGUUUGGCUGGACAUAAUGAACGCAGGCGUAAAAGCUCCUACGAAACUUAUGGAGAAAGUUCCUGAUCAUAAAUGAGAAAAAGAGUUCUUGAUGAGGAAAGGAGAUGCUUAGAGAUAUUUCCACGGAAGAGCCUCACCAACUACUGAUAAAAUAAGACAUAACUAUGUUCGCUAUCAUGCUCUCUCUCUUCUGUCAGUCCAUUAACUUAAAUAUCUAGAAGUGUUGCUGUGUAAGUAAAUAUGAUGAACUUCAUAAGAAUAUCCAAAGCAGUACAACUGUGUACCAGCCAAUUAUACUAUCUUUAUGAUUACUUUCUGGGUGCAAAUGGAAGUAACU